UGUUAUAGCUUGCUAGGUUUGGUUUUAAUAGAGUCAAUAGAACAACAUUUAUGGCAUCUUUCAAUGGCAGACCUGACUUGUGAUAAAACAUCUGCUACCCAGAUUUUAUAGCAAAAUUUGAGCUAUAUAUAUUGCCAAAUAGUCAGCCGAUUCAUAUUAUAUGGGUUAUUAUAUGAAUUCUAUCUUCUAGGUGGCUAAACAUGCUAAAUGCCCGGGCUAGUAGGACCAUUAAGCACUCUCAUUAAGCAAUUCCCAAUCAAGAGUUUCAAGGCGAACACCAGUCUUGCUGCUGAAACUAUAAUAUAUACAACUCUGGAUGUGCAACGCAACAUUUUUAACACACAUACAUACAUACUUAGCAUCUCAUGUUAUUAAUGACUUGAGUGCUUGGAACUUUUUUAUCCAUAGAUACUUAAAACAAUGUAUCCUCGAAUUUGGGAAAUUAUGGAUAUUCAAUUAUAUGUUAAAGUUAUUUAUCAGUGUGUUCAAUAAUGGAUGAAGCAUCAGUAGACCGUGUUAUUCAUCGGUCGGAGAUAUACAGGCAAGAAGCUUUCAAAAAAAUGGCUCUUUUUAGAGAUCGUAAUCAGUUUACCGACAUCGUACUUGUAGCUGGAACGAAGAGAAUUCCUGCGCACAAAGUCAUCAUAUCAUCACUUUGUGAUUACUUUAACGCUAUGUUUACAAGCGAACUUUCUGAAACACACCAACAAGUUGUAACAAUAAAUAAUGUUGAUCCUGAAGCUUUAGAAGCUCUUAUCUCGUAUGCAUACACCUCUGAACUAGAAAUCAGAGUCGAUAACGUGGAGAAUCUAUUAGCUUCAGCAUGCCUUUUACAAGUUAAUGGUGUAAAAAAUGCUUGCUGCGAAUUUAUGAAAAGUCAACUACAUCCUUCUAACUGUUUAGGAAUCCGCGCUUUUGCCGAUGCACAUGGAUGUGAACAGCUAUUUAACAUUGCUAAUAACUAUGCGAAGGAUAAUUUUGGCGAGGUUUUUAAGAACCAGGAGUUUCUGUUAUUAAAUUCUGAACAAUUAAACGAAAUUUUAUGUAGUGAUGGUCUGAAUGUUUUAAAGGAAGAAGAAGUAUUUUAUGCACUAAUGUCAUGGCUUCAACAUGAUAUGGAGAAUAGAAAAUCACAAUUAUUUGAGAUAUUGCCAUCAAUACGUUUAUCAUUGUUGUCACCUCAAUUUUUAGUGGACGAAGUGGAGCCAGCUGUAAAGAACGACGAAAAAUGUAAAGAUUUGUUAUUAGAAACAAUGAAAUAUCAUUUAUUGCCAGAAAGAAGAUUAGAACCACAAAGACUAAACCAUCGUGCUAGGAAAGGAACGAUCGGGGUCAUAUACGCAGUUGGAGGUAUUGAUGCUGUAAAAGGUGCCGCAACAGGGAUUGAAGAGUUCAACCCUAGGACAAACACAUGGACACAAGUGACUACAAUGGAAACACGGCGUUUACAGUUUGGAGUUGCUGUUGUUAACAAUAAAUUAUAUGUAACAGGUGGUCGGGAUGGACUCAUGACUCUCAAUAACGUUGAAUGCUUUGAUCCAAAAUUUGACAAGUGGGAAACACUCACUCCCAUGCUAACACAUCGUCAUGGACUUGGUGUUGCUGUGUUGGCUGGGCCCAUUUAUGCUGUUGGCGGGCAUGAUGGCUGGUCUUAUCUGAACACUGUUGAAAGGUAUGAUUCCCAAACAUUACAAUGGAGUUUCGUUGCUCCCAUGAAUACUCCUCGAAGUACUGUUGGUGUUUCAGUUCUUGAAAACAAAUUGUACGCUAUAGGUGGAAGAGAUGGUUCGUCUUGUCUAAAUUCUGUUGAAGUAUACGAUCCGCACACUAAUCGUUGGAGCUUAGCUGCGCCGAUGGUGAAACGUAGAGGAGGUGUUGGUGUAGCUGUACUUCGCGGCUACUUAUACGCUGCAGGAGGACACGAUGCUCCUGCGAGCUCUGAUUCAUCAAAACAAUUCUCUUCUGUGGAAAGAUACGAUCCACGAAGUGACCAAUGGUGUUUGAUAUCUUCCAUGAAAAACUGUCGCGAUGCUGUUGGAAUGACAGCGUUGGGUGAUCGUUUAUAUUCAGUAGGUGGUUAUGACGGACUCACUUAUUUGGAUGCUGUAGAAGCGUAUGAUCCCGACACUGAUGAAUGGGAAUCAGUCGCUUCAUUAGCUCAUCCACGAGCAGGUGCAUGUGUUGUACCUGUUAAACUAACGUAACGUUACAAAGAUUGUGUUAGUGGGGAAUGGAGGUAAUGUAUUUAUGAUGCAUUUACCUUCCGUUUUCCUUCAUGGUCUGCCGGUGUUUUAUAAUAUCUUUAUUGCAGUUUCUUAUGUUUGUAUAUAUUUAUAUUGUUAUCUUAGGAUAAUUAUAUCUAUUUAAUGUGAAAUUUAUUUGUAAUUAUAGUAUGAAAGCAAAUGUAUGAAAAUAUAAAAUAAAUAUAUUUCAAUAUUUAUUUGA